AUGAUUGGGAGGGGAUUGGAGCACAUGAAUCACAUGAUAUGGAGGGGAUUGGAACACCUGAAUCACAUGAUUGGGAGGGGAUUGGAACACCUGAAUCACAUGAUAUGGAGGGGAUUGGAACACCUGAAUCACAUGAUUGGGAGGGGAUUGGAACACAUGAAUCACAUGAUAUGGAGGGGAUUGGAACACCUGAAUCACAUGAUAUGGAGGGGAUUGGAACACCUGAAUCACAUGAUAUGGAGGGGAUUGGAACACCUGAAUCACAUGAUAUGGAGGGGAUUGGAACACCUGAAUCAUAUGAUUGGGAGGGGAUUGGAACACCUGAAUCACAUGAUAUGGAGGGGAUUGGAACACCUGAAUCACAUGAUUGGGAGGGGAUUGGAACACCUGAAUCACAUGAUUGGGAGGGGAUUGGAGCACCUGAAUCACAUGAUAUGGAGGGGAUUGGAACACCUGAAUCACAUGAUAUAGAGGGGAUUGGAACACCUGAAUCACAUGAUUUGGAGGGCGGGGACAAU